AUGCUUCAGUCUCUGGUCUCUUCCUCCUCCCGUUUGCCACUCAAUUCCAUGCACCAAGCCAUGUCAUUCUUCUAUUAUUUUGCGUUUGGAAGUAAUCUUCUCGGAGAUCGAAUUCGGUACAGACAAAAAGGUGCAGAAUACGAUUGCAAUGGAAAAUUGGACAAUUUUCGUUUAGAAUUUGCAAACUAUUCGGAAAGGUGGCAAGGUGCAUUGGCAACUAUUAAGGAAGCGGAAGGAAAAGAGGUAUGGGGAUGCGUAUGGAAAAUGCCAAAUGAAUAUUCGGAUUCACUUGAUGAGCAAGAAUUUGGAUAUCAUAGAUUGAUGGUUCCUGUGCAAACUCCAAAAGGUGUGAUCACUUGCCGAACUUAUCAAUUUUCGGAUCUAAAAGCUGAUCCAAUGGCACCAUCCCCACACUACAAACUAGUUAUCACGGAAGGAGCCAAAGAAAACAAACUCCCAGCAGACUACAUUCAAAAACUAGAAGCAAUUGAAGAUAACGGAUUCGCGGGUGCUGUUGACGUGGAUAUUCCACUUUUAGCUAAAUUAAAUGCAAAAGUGGAUUUGUGAUUUGGAUCUCAAAUGAAUUAUAUUAGGUCGAAUUUAAUUUAUUUUUUGAAUUAAAAUCUGUGAUUUUUUUAAGUGGAAGAUUUUUCUGUGAAAAAUGUUCUUUUUAUAAACAUUUUAAUUUUUUUUCUCUUAUUUUAAAAAUGGGACUUAAUAAAUUUUAUUUAAAAAAACAAAAA